AUGGCGGACGCUGUCCAAUCUGGAAAUCCCAAAGGUCCUGUUAGGAGACGUACAACGUCACCGGGUGGAAAUAAAACGGUUUCGCGUUCUGGCGGCAGUUCUUCAACCAUGAUGAAGUUGUACACUGAUGAUGCCCCAGGCUUAAAAGUAGAUCCGGUCGUUGUUGUCGUUCUUGCACUUGCAUUUAUUGGAUCCGUAUUCAUUCUUCAUAUUUACGGAAAAUUUACUCGCGGCUAA